CUCAGGGCUCAGGAGACGACGUGACUCACAUUCCGGGAGCCAAACUACAUAAAGCUCGUAGUAUCCGCAUUUGUCCCUCAGUUCGCGCUGGUCUCUCGAAGUCGUUGAAUUACUUUAUCCUGUUUCCAAUGUAUUUUUUACAAGAAUUUUGGCAUACAUAAUACACACCCAUGUACACAGUUGAAUGACCGACAAUAUAAUAAUUGUAAACUUUCUAUACUUGUUAAUUAUAAAAAAAUUCCAUCAAAAUUGUGAAAUAGAUAUUCAUGUGUGAUUUCAAUCAAUGAAAUACUAAUGCAUUGAACUUUGGUGGUGCAAGAUGUUUUACAAACUUAAACAUUGGAGUCAACGGCUACUCGGACAAGAACCCGAAUCAUCAACAUCGGCAAUUGAUCAACCGCAGUUGCGCAAGAAUCAACAGUCGCAAAAAAACCAACAGCCAUGGAACCUACAGGUUCUCGCAACAACGGCGACGAAAAAUACAAAUAUUACGAUCAUCCAUAGAAAAAGGGGCUGCGAUCAACACGAGCUCCCGCGACCAAUGAGUCGCGAAUUGAUUCGACGAUCAUCGGCUCAUGCUGUGCGAAAAAGUCUUUUGCAGUAUUGCUACAGGAACCCAGCUUGUGAAGAAUCUGAGCCCGAAGAUGAGGAGCAUUCCUUGACGAGAUGCACGUGCACAAACUGCACGGUGCUACCUUUCCUGACAGAGUGUGGUGUUUGUCUAGAACCUCUCCAAGGCCAGAAGGUACAUUCAUGUCCAAUCUGUGCUAACCUUACGUGUCGGCAGUGCGCUUCCCGUUUGGAAAACUGCGCUUUCUGUCGAUCUUUGGUAAAGCCACAGCCCAACCCUGCUCUGGAUAGAUUACUCGAUCGACUUGCUCUUCCUUGCAAGAAUUCCAGAUGGGGGUGCGUGGAUUUGGUGGAUGGUGACAAACGGAAAGAACACGAGACGGCUUGUGGUCACGCGACAUUUCCCUGCCCAGUCGGUCGUCAUAUUUGCAGAUGGCAUGGAGAAUCGGCGCAAAUCGAGGGUCACCUACAAAAGGUACACGAACUGUGGCCUCUGAUCGACAACGGAAUCGCUGUGGAAAUUUCUGGCUUCAGAGGAAAAGCCUACGCCCAGGAUGGCAGACAGUACACGGUCUGCCUUUCGUGCUACGGACGUCUAUACGUGGUGAAGAUAGUUUUGUUCCAAGGAAAGUUACGCUUGUCGGUAACCCGUCUGAGUUCUCGGUCCAAUCCGCGAGGGACGACCGAUUCCGAGAUGCGAUAUGGGGUCUUGAUCGAGAUGAGCAGCGAUUCCAAAGAUUUGAAAGCCCUGAAGAAAAUGUUACCGUUUAUAAAAGAAAACUACGAGACUCGGCAGAUUGAAGUUGCUUGUGACCAGCUGAUUUCCCGGGAGGAGAGCGAUACCGGUGGAUUAGUUAAAAUCAACAUUCUCAUCAAACCAGCCGCUAAGAAUUGAUACUCCCACUGGCCGAUCAUCAGUCGUCACUGAGACUUCAUGGACACCAACUUACGUGAUCUAGCUCUCGCUUCGGCUCGUGCAUUUGUAUAUUCGAACCAUAGUACGUUUGGAAUCAACGUUGUAUCGCGUAGCAAUAGAUACUCUGAUAUUCGCC